AUCUGAUACUAUAAUUCUAGCUGUUUCUGAACCUCUGGAGCCUGUCAUGGGGUUAUGCACUAACAAAGGGCAUGAUGGCUGGAUAUACCCCACUGCCCUCCUCUGCAUAUAUGGAUUUUUUACCUACAUGAGACCUUCGGAACCGUUUCUGACUCCUUAUCUAACAGGACCUGUACACAAUCUAACACUUGAGCAGGUGACAAACUCUGUCUUUCCAGUAUGGACAUACAGUUAUCUGGCAAUUCUGUUCCCAGUGUUCCUGCUCACAGACUAUUUAAGAUACAAACCAGUCAUAAUCCUACAGGGUCUGAGCUAUGUCAUCGCAUGGGUCCUGUUGCUUUUUGGCCGCGGCGUUCCUGCCAUGCAAGGUCUGGAGUUUGCAUACGGCAUGGUCACUGCCACUGAGAUUGCUUAUUAUGCCUACAUCUAUAGUGUGGUUGACACAGAACAUUACCAGAAGGUGACCAGCUACUGUCGGAGCAUAACUUUGGUGGGUUUCGCUGUUGCCUCUGUGCUUGGCCAGCUCCUGGUCUCCUUGGCUGGAAUAUCUUACUUCUAUCUCAAUGUGAUUUCCUUAGUGUCUGUCUCAGUUGCCUUUGUGUCAUCAUGGUUGCUUCCUAUGCCAAGAAAGAGCAUGUUCUUCCACAAAAAGGUGAAGGGAGACCCUGCAGAAACAUCUUCUGGAAAACUCAAAUCCUCUAGUAAUAAGCCAGGUCUGCAAUGUAAUGAACAGCAAAGUGCAGCAACUGGGGAUGAAACCGACAAGCAAACACAUUUCUACCAUGUGCUGUGGCUCCUGUGUAAAGACCUGAGAGAUUGUUACUCUACCUCAAAGCUCAUUUACUGGUCUCUGUGGUGGGCACUUGCUACAGCCGGGUACAACCAAGUGAUAAAUUAUGUUCAGGUGUUAUGGGAACACGUGGAACCUGCACAGAACUACACAAUAUAUAAUGGAGGAGUGGAAGCCGUGUCUACAUUUCUGGGUGCUCUCUCCUCUUUAUCGGUUGGCUAUGUGAAAGUGAAUUGGGAGUUAUCUGGUGAACUAGCACUCGCCAUCUUUUCUGCUGUCAAUGCUGGUGCUCUGUUUCUUAUGGACUAUAGCUUCAACAUCUGGAUGUGUUAUGCUGGGUAUCUGAUAUUCAAAGCCUCCUAUAUGCUUCUCAUCACUAUCGCCACUUUCCAGAUUGCUGUCAGCCUAAGUAUGGAGCGAUACGCUCUGAUGUUCGGCAUGAACACCUUUGUUGCACUGGUUCUUCAGACCAUAAUGACCAUCAUUGUAGUGGACAAUCGAGGACUAGGCUUGGACAUCGUCACUCAGUUUUUGGUCUAUGGAAGCUACUAUACAGUCAUUGCAGGGAUUUUCUUUGUGAGGAGCCUGUAUAUCCUGAUAUCGUUGCGUUGCAAGCGGCAUGAAAACUACCAGGACAGAGACAUAAAGGAGGAGACUCAUCUGUAGUGAAUAAUGGCACCAUCUCAGAGCUUGUGAAUGGCUGUGAAUAAGAAGACCACAUAUAAAUAUAUAUAUAUGUCUGAUCUUGCACUCUAUAUCAUACGCACAAUGCACAGGAUGUAAGAUAAAGCCAGAAUAUGUUUCCUGGGAGAUGAGGCAAGAUGAAAGCAGAGUUUUUUCCAUCAAUGGACCUUUUUUUGUUACUUUGUUCUAUUUACAAACAGUUUUGUAACUCAGCAGUUCCCAUAAAUAAGUAUACAGUGUAUAUAGUUCAGCAGCUUUAAAAUCAUCCCACUCUUCAAACCAGACCUACAGUAGCUGGUAGAACAAUUUGAAAUAAAGGGGAUAUGGAGAGAGAUUCAUCUGAAAUAACACCUUUGCCCUCCCUCUACAGGUCUCCAGUGUGAAUCUUCAGUGAUCUGUAUAUAUGUCUCUAAGCAAGCCAAGGGGGAAUUUUUUUUUGGCCGAAGACAGAUGUUGCUCAAUAUCCGCAGUUUGGUUUUAUCAUUUUAUGAUUAAAAUAUAUUCAAACAUUAUGGGUGCAAUACAGAUUUGAUUGCAAAGUUGCAUCUUAGAAAACCAUGUUGUGCUGCAGGUGGGGAGACUUAGAAUGUGCAGAGAUUUAGAGUUGGGAGUGGUGUGCGUUCUAACUGAGCUCUAAAUAGCAAAGUAAAAAUAAAGUUGUCCAACAUUUGUGGGGUACUGUAUAU